AUGGGGGACUCACGGCCAGUUUUCUUCUUUGACAUUGACAACUGUCUCUAUCCCAAAAGCCGAAAAGUCCAUGAUCAUAUGACGAGACUAAUCGAUGACUAUUUCAUGAAGCACUUAGAGUUAGACCAGCAAGCAGCCUACGACCUUCAUCAGAAGUACUAUAAAGACUACGGCCUUGCGAUUGAAGGGUUAAUCCGUCACCACCAAAUCGAUGCGCUCGAGUACAAUCGCCAAGUCGAUGAUGCUCUUCCUUUAGAGGACAUCAUUCCCCGCGAUCCAGAACUGCGCGAGUUGUUACUGGAUAUCGACACCUCGAAAGUCAAGCUAUGGCUAUUUACUAACGCCUAUGUCACUCAUGGAAAGCGGGUUGUAAAGCUACUUGGGGUCGAUGAUCUCUUCGAGGGUAUGACAUUCUGCGAUUAUGGCAACCUUCCAAUCGUUUGCAAGCCCUAUACGGAAAUGUUCCAGAAAGCUAUGAAACAAGCUGGAAUACAGGAAAUGAAAGACUGCUAUUUUGUUGAUGAUUCUGCUCUGAAUUGCAAAGCGGCAGAGAAGCUUGGGUGGAAUACCGCGCAUCUUGUAGAGGAAGGCGAACCACUGCCUGCGGAACAGCCCUGCGAAUACCAGAUACGCCACUUGACAGAACUUCGAAAGCUUUUCCCACAGUUCUUCAAGAGCACAUCAUAA